AGGACACAAGCCCAGACUGGACCCCUUGAACAUCUCCCUGGCAGGAAAUGCUCCACUAGACUCCUGAAGUAUCUCUUCCUGAUCAAGAUAUGCCUGUCUCCAAGAGCAGGAGAGCCGUGACUAUCCCCAGAGGGAAUCCUUUGGCUUACCUUCUGUGGAUUCUACUACUUUGGGGAGGGGAUGGUGGCUGUCAGGCCCAGCGUGCAGGUUGCAAAAGUGUGCAGUAUGAUCUGGUCUUCCUCCUGGACACGUCUUCCAGUGUGGGCAAGGAGGACUUUGAGAAGGUCCGCCAGUGGGUAGCCAACUUGGUAGACACCUUUGAGGUGGGCCCUGGCCACACCCGUGUGGGGGUUGUGCGCUACAGUGACCGGCCCACUACAGCCUUUGAACUGGGCCACUUCAGCUCCCGUGAGGAGGUGAAGGCUGCAGCGAGGCGCAUCACCUACCAUGGUGGUAACACGAACACUGGCGACGCACUGCGUUAUAUCACCAGCCGUAGCUUCUCUGCCCAGGCAGGCGGCAGGCCUGGGAAUCGUGCCUUCAAGCAGGUGGCUAUCCUGCUGACCGAUGGCCGUAGCCAGGACUUGGUGUUGGAUGCUGCAGCAGCUGCCCAUGCAGCCGGCAUCCGCAUUUUCGCUGUUGGUGUGGGUGCAGCGUUAAAGGAGGAGCUGGAUGAGAUCGCUUCAGAACCCAAGUCUGCGCAUGUCUUCCAUGUUUCUGACUUCAAUGCCAUUGACAAGAUCCGUGGCAAGCUGAGGCGUCGGCUUUGUGAAAAUGUACUCUGCCCUAGUGUCCGGGUAGAAGGAGAUCGGUUUAAACACACCAAUGGAGGAACCAAGGAAAUCACAGGUUUUGACUUGAUGGAUUUGUUCAGUGUGAAGGAAAUCUUGGGGAAGAGAGAAAACGGAGCCCAGAGUUCCUAUGUACGGAUGGGUUCCUUCCCUGUGGUGCAGAGAACUGAAGAUGUGUUCCCCCAAGGUCUACCUGAUGAGUAUGCCUUUGUCACAACUUUCCGGUUCCGGAAAACAUCACGAAAAGAAGAUUGGUACAUCUGGCAAGUCAUUGACCAGUAUGGCAUCCCACAGGUAUCUAUCCGGCUGGAUGGUGAGAACAAGGCAGUUGAGUACAACGCUGUGGGUGCCAUGAAGGAUGCUGUCCGGGUGGUCUUCCGAGGCCCCCGAGUUGAUGACCUCUUUGACCGUGAGUGGCACAAGAUGGCUUUAAGCAUCCAGGCCCAGAAUGUGUCCCUCUACAUUGACUGUAUGCUGGUUCAGACGCUGCCCAUUGAGGAGAGGGAGAACAUCGACAUCCAGGGCAAGACUGUGAUUGGCAAACGUCUCUAUGACAGCGUGCCCAUUGAUUUUGACCUGCAGCGGAUUGUGAUUUACUGUGACUCGAGACAUGCCGAGCUGGAGACUUGCUGUGACAUCCCAUUGGGCCCGUGUCAGGUGACUGUGGUGACAGAGCCUCCACCUGCGCCUCCACAGUUGCCCACCCCAGGGAGUGAACAGAUUGGGUUCUUGAAGACCAUCAACUGCUCAUGCCCAGCUGGAGAAAAGGGUGAAAGGGGCUUUGCUGGCCCUGUGGGGCUCCCUGGUCAGAAGGGAGAUGCAGGACCCAUUGGAUUAAUGGGUUUUCCUGGACCCAAGGGAGAAAAAGGAGACACUGGGAGAGGACCCUUCAUGCAUGGGGAAAAGGGUGAGAAGGGAUCCCUGGGCCCACCUGGGCCCCCUGGAAGAGAUGGGAGUAAAGGCAUGAGAGGGGAGCCAGGAGAGUUGGGCGAGCCGGGGCUGCCUGGAGAAGUAGGCAUGCGGGGGCCCCAGGGACCACCUGGACUACCAGGACCUGCUGGACAAGUUGGAGCUCCAGGUCUUCGAGGAGAACAAGGUGAAAGGGGACCUCCAGGAGAAAAGGGGGAGCGAGGCUUGGAUGGAUUCCCUGGGAAGCCUGGAGAGACUGGAGAGCAGGGAAGACCUGGACCUCCUGGUGUGGCAGGACUGCAGGGAGAGAAGGGAGAUGUGGGGCCUGCUGGACCCCCUGGUGUGCCAGGCUCUGUGGUGCAGAGAGAAGGUCUGAAGGGCGAGCAGGGAGCCCCUGGACCAAGAGGUCACCAAGGCCUACCUGGACCUCCAGGAGCACCUGGUUUGAUUGGUCCAGAAGGCAGAGAUGGACCUCCAGGGCCUCAAGGUCUCCGAGGGAAGAAAGGUGAAGUGGGUCCACCAGGAACCCCAGGAGCGCUGGGACCACAGGGCCCACCUGGACCACCCGGUGUUCCAGGGCCCCCUGGACCUGGAGGACCCCCGGGUUUACCUGGAGAGCUCGGCUUCCCGGGAAAACCUGGGCCUGCUGGGCAAAUGGGGAUACCUGGAAAGGAUGGGCUGAAUGGACCACCAGGCCUGCCUGGCUCCAAGGGAGAACCAGGGGACCCUGGUGAAAGUGGAGUGCCUGGACUGCCAGGACCUCGGGGUGAAGUUGGGGAGCAGGGCCUUGCAGGUCAUCCUGGUGAGAAGGGAGAAGUUGGCCUUCCGGGUGCUCCAGGCUUCCCAGGAGUACGUGGAGAGAAAGGAGACCAGGGAGAAAAAGGUGAACUGGGACUUCCAGGUCCGAAAGGUGCCCAAGGAGAAAAGGGUGAGGUUGGUCCAGCAGGUCCCCCUGGCUUACCUGGAACUCCAUCAAUGUUCACACCACAUCCAAAAAUGCCAGGAGAGCAAGGGCCUAAAGGCGAAAAGGGUGACCCUGGCGAGCCUGGAGCCCUGGGACCACAGGGCCAUCCUGGAGAAUGGGGUCCUCGGGGACCCAUUGGACCUCCGGGUGCCAAGGGGCAUGAUGGUGCACAAGGUCCUCCUGGAGCAGCUGGAAACCCUGGUGCUCCGGGACCUGCAGGACCUCCAGGUCUCAGUGGCCCGCCAGGAAGUUUGGGUCCCCCUGGUGUCAGAGGCACCCCUGGGAAAGAUGGGGAGCGUGGAGAAAAGGGAACAGCAGGGGAAGAAGGCAGUCCGGGGCCAGCUGGUCCACGGGGAGAUCCUGGUGCUCCUGGCCUCCCUGGACCACCAGGAAAAGGGAAGGAUGGGGAGCCGGGACUACGUGGACCACCUGGGCUACCUGGUCCCUUAGGAACCAAGGGUGACCGAGGAACACCUGGGAUCCCUGGCUCUCCUGGUAGUCGUGGCGACCCAGGCAUUGGAGUUGCUGGUCCACCCGGCCCCUCGGGACGACCAGGAGAUAAAGGACCCCCGGGAUCUCGAGGCUUACCUGGAUUCCCCGGCCCCCAGGGACCAGCUGGCCAGGACGGUGCACCAGGAAACCCAGGAGAAAGAGGUCCUCCUGGAAAACCAGGCCCUUCUUCACUGCUGUCUCCAGAGGACAUAAAUCUCUUAGUAAAGGAUGUGUGCAACGACUGUCCUCCUGGUCCCCCAGGCCUCCCAGGUCUGCCAGGUUUCAAAGGGGACAAAGGUCUUCCAGGAAAACCAGGGAGAGAAGGGGCAGAAGGCAAAAAGGGAGAUACCGGGCCCCCAGGCCUCCCUGGGCCUCCUGGAGUAGCUGGACCACAGGGAAGCCAAGGAGAACGUGGUGCAGAGGGUGAGGUGGGACAGAAAGGCGAUCAGGGUCACCCUGGAGUUCCAGGCUUCAUGGGCCCACCAGGGAAUCCUGGGCCACCAGGAGCAGAUGGAAAUGCAGGUGUAGCAGGACCACCAGGACCUCAAGGGCCCCCGGGCAAAGAAGGCCCUCCUGGUCCCCAAGGGCCAUCUGGCAUUCCAGGAAUCCCAGGAGAAGAAGGCAAACAGGGAAGAGAUGGAAAGCCAGGUCCCCCUGGAGAACCGGGUAAGACAGGAGAGCCAGGCCUAUCAGGAGCAGAAGGAGCCAGAGGUCCACCGGGCUUCAAGGGACACACAGGUGAUCCUGGCCCACCUGGUCUGAGGGGAGAACCCGGUAUGACAGGCCCCCCUGGAAGGGAAGGAUCACCAGGAAAAGAUGGAGACACAGGACCUGCUGGACCACAGGGUCCUAGAGGAGCAAGGGGACCACCGGGCAGCAGUGGAUCACCUGGAUCUCCAGGAGACCCUGGCCGUCCAGGAGCCCCAGGCCAGAAGGGAAACAAAGGAGAGAGUGGAAGCCCAGGACUUCCAGGGUUUCUGGGUCCCCGUGGGCCUCCGGGAGAAGCAGGAGAGAUAGGAGCUCCAGGAAAGGAGGGUGCUCCUGGGAAGCCUGGAGAGCCAGGAUCCAAAGGAGAGAGGGGAGACCCUGGGAUCAAAGGUGACAAAGGACCACCAGGUGGGAAGGGCCAGCCUGGAGACCCUGGAACCCCAGGCCACAAAGGUCAUACUGGCCUAAUGGGUCCCCAAGGACAACCAGGGGAGAGUGGCCCUCCUGGGCCCCCAGGGCCACCUGGCCAGCCAGGAUUUCCAGGACUGCGGGGCGAGUCUCCAUCCAUUGACACCUUACGGCGCCUCAUUCAGGAAGAGCUUGGGAAGCAGCUAGAAGCCAAACUUGCCUACCUCCUGGCCCAGAUGCCUCCAACACACAUGAAGUCCUCUCAAGGCAGACCCGGGCCCCCUGGACCUCCUGGGAAAGAUGGGCUGCCAGGCCGGACAGGCCCCAUGGGUGAACCAGGCCGUCCUGGCCAAGGUGGUCUGGAAGGACCCUCUGGACCAAUGGGCCCCAAAGGUGAAAGAGGAGCCAAAGGUGACCCUGGCACACCUGGAGUUGGCCUCCGAGGAGAGAUGGGCCCCCCUGGAAUACCAGGCCAACCUGGGGAACCUGGAUAUGCUAAAGAUGGACUUCCAGGAAGCCCUGGCCCUCAAGGAGAGACAGGACCAGCUGGACAUCCUGGCCCUCCUGGUCCUCCCGGCCCCCCUGGCCAGUGUGACCCCUCCCAGUGUGCAUACUUUGCAAGUCUUGCUGCCCGGCCAAGUAACGUGAAGGGCCCAUAGAAGAUUCUAGAACAUCAAAACACUACUAUGGAUUUCUGAAACUUGAACUCGGAGCCCAUUGGGAAGCCAGAAGCCUUGAAACAUUUCAGAACCUCCUUUUCUCUCCCCUUCUUACCUCCCACCUUUUCUUCCUGCCUCCU